UCACCCACACACACACAUACACACACUUCACCUGGUACUUAUACACACAUCCUCGUGCAGAGAGCUGAAUCUCAGCUCAGUCCCAGUCCUCUGCUGCUCGAGUGAGGAGCCUUCCGGUGAUCGGACUGUCGCCUGAAGCGAAGAGGCCGAGCCGGCGUUGAUUCAAUUUUACAGCCCAGUCACUCUCUCUGAAGUUCCGAUUAGUCAGCCGAGGGAGACAAGGGGGAGAGGAGAAGAAGAAGAAGAAGAAGAAGGAGAGGAAGAAGAGGAAUAGUGAUGGCUAUGACCGACAUUGCGGAGGAUGACCUGGAUGAGAUGAUGCGCGAAGAAGCGGAGGAUGCCUUCUUCGAGGACGGAGUGUCGUCCCGCGUCCCGGAGAUCAUGGCGGCCGGCACCCACUCCCCCGGAGGGCCCAACGGCAUAAUCCGGAGUCAGUCCUUCGCCGGCUUCAGCACGCUACAGGAGCGACGCUCUCGGUGUAACUCUUUCAUGGGGAAUUCGGCAGUGCAGAAGAAGCCUCAGUCCAAGCCAAAGAAGCCCCACCUGUCAGGACACAAAGGAGGCAGCAGCUCCAGAGAGCCGCAGCCUAAAAGAGUGGAAGAAGUUUACAAUGCACUCAAACAAGGCCUGGAUGAGUAUCUUGAAGUUCAUCAAACAGAGCUGGACAAACUCAUGUCUCUGAUGAAGGACAUGAAGAGGAACUCUCGCCUGGGAGUACUGUAUGAUCUUGACAAGCAAAUCAAAACCAUUGAACGGUACAUGAGACGUCUGGAGUUUCACAUGAGCAAGGUGGAUGAGCUGUAUGAGGCCUUCUGCAUCCAGAGCCGUCUGAGGGACGGUGCCAGUCGGAUGAAGCAGGCCUUCUCCGCCUCUCCCUCCACUAAAGGCACAAAGGAGAGCAUCGCAGAGGUCAACCGCCGCUACAAGGAAUACACCGAGAACAUGAGCACGUUUGAGAGCGAACUGGAGAACCUGCUCGGGGAGUUUCAUAUCAAAAUGAAAGGUUUGGCAGGCUUCGCUCGGCUCUGUCCUGGAGACCAGUAUGAGAUCUUUAUGCGGUACGGUCGCCAGCGGUGGAAAUUGAAGGGAAGAAUUGAAGUGAACUCCAGACAGAGUUGGGAUGGAGACGAGAUGGUCUUCAUGCCUCUCAUCACUGACCUCAUCAACAUCAAGGUGACGGAGCUGAAGGGCCUGGCCACUCACUUGCUGGUGGGCAGCGUCAUCUGUGAGACCAAGGAGCUGUUUACCGCCAUGCCUCAGGUGGUGGCUGUGGACGUCAACGACCUGGGGACCAUCAAACUCAACCUGGAGGUGACGUGGUACCCCUUCGAUGUCGAGGACCUGACUCUGUCAUCUGGUAACGUCAGCAAAGCCACAGCUCUCCAGAGACGAGUGUCAGUCUACAGCCAGGGUACACCGGAGACCCCCACUUUCCAGGACACCUCCUUCUUUAAGUGGCGGCCAUAUCCCGUGGAGCGCCAGCGCCUCUCCUUCCUGCACAUGCUCCGAGACACCCUGCUAGAGAAGCUAAGGCGCAGUCGCUCGUUUGGUGACCUGGCCUCUCUGCGGCCAAGGCCCAAAUCCAGUCUGGAGGUCUAUUCCACUUUACCAGAUGAUGUCUUUGAGAACGGUGGCUGCGGCGUGGCCGAGUGCAAGCGCCUCUCCUUCACCUUCUCGGACACCUCUGGCUCCUCGCCCAGCCCCGCCCCGAGCUCCCACUCCCCAGGCCAGUCCAACCCUGAGAUCACAGUCACCCCCCCAGAAAUGGACCUGUCACAUACACAAAUCCUCCCAACAAGGGAGGACUCCAUCGCUGAGGAGCAUUUAGAGGAGGAGGAAGAGGAGGAGGAGGAAGAGGAGGAGGAGUAUGAAGAGGAUGGGGAGACGGGUAGUAGAGGAAGUAGGGGAACCAGUGCCAGCCUUGCCAGUGAUGAAGCCGAGGUGGCAGAGGACUCUGAGUGGGAGCGAACAGAGUCCCAGCGAAAUUCUGGCUCCAACUGUGAUUCAGCCGCCCCGUCCCUGUGCUCUGACGGCCACCUGUCUACUGUGGCUCCAGAGGAUGUUUUCUUAGACCACUCUGAUGAACUGAAACCCGUGGAGCUGGACACAGAGGAGGCGGGCAGCCUGACCAGGCAGCUCGUGAAGAGGCUGACUUCUUCGGACAUUGUGCCACCAAGUGGGAGCUCAACGGAGGGAGGAGGAAGUCUGAGCUGGGCAGGAGAGGGGAGCAGGGCUUUCCUGGAGAGCAGCUUGGAGGAGGCCAUCCACAGCCUGCUGAUGAGGCUGGAGUCUCUGAAUCACCGCUGCCGAGAGCUGCAGGACCUGGAGCAGGAAGUGAUGCGUCUGGAGGACCUGCUCAAGUGCCGUCUCCCGGGUCACAGGAGCCGGUCAUCCAGCCUCAGUCUGACGGUGGAGAGUGCCCUGGAGAGUUUCGACUUCCUCAACACCUCUGACUUUGAUGACGAGGAUACUGGAGACGAUAACGCCGUUCUCUGUACCCUCCCACAGAGGUCUCCGCUUUUUGAUACAGACGGAGAAAGGAUCGGUGGCCAGCAUCCAGAAGCCAGAGGACACCUGAGUGAAGCCCUGACAGAGGACACCGGGGUGGGCAACAGCGUGGCAGGAAGCCCCCUGCCGCUCACCACUGGAAACGAGAACCUGGACGUGGCCAUCGUCAUUCACCUGCAGUACUGUAAUCACCUCAUACAGUUGUUGACCAGUGGGCUGGGUGUGUGGCAGCGCCGCAGUCUUCUCCUCAAACUGUCCAGUCAGACUCAGCUGUUGGAGGAGCUAGCAGAGAUCAGCGUGGACAGACUGGGAGCAAUUACAUCUGCUGCUGAUGUCCUCCCGGGCCUCGCAGAGCGCCCACAGCUGAUGACUCUGUGGUCAGAGUGCAGCGGGUCUGCAGGACUUUUCCACACCACACUGGACAGAGUGUUCAAACACAUGAACCAGCGCUACACAGCAGUGCUGCAGGAGAGGCACCCACACAGCGCUGACUCAGUGAUUGGCGUCGUAGUGAGCGAGAUGGUUGACAGGAGCGAUCUGGUGGCGGCACACAGUCCUCCUGCCACUGAGCUCUCCCAGGACGUCCUGACAGUGUUUCAGUUCCACAGCUACAUCUUACAACAUGAAGUGCAGGACAUGGAGACGCACCUCCUGCAUCUGGCCAGAGAAGAGGUGUUCGCAGAGGCUCUGUGCAGUAGGGAUUACUCUCGGUGUCUAGCAGAGCUGGAGGAGGUGCCCGUGUCAUCGCUGUGGCCUAGAAACAGCACCCUGAGGGCCCUGGCCUCCCUGCUCACUGCAGAUGACCCUCAGGUCAACAAGGCAGCAGCCGACUACCUCUCUUCUGCAUCACGCAGCCACUUCAGGACCAGAGCAUUGGAGUGCUACACCCACGCACUGUCAGAGGCUGGAGUUCAGAGCCAGAGGGCGGCCUGUUCAGCUCUCAGCUGUCUGCAGGCAGUAGAGAGCAUCAAGGCGGUGGUAGCACUGUGUGAUUCAGCUGAUGAAGAGCUUCGCCAUGUUGCCAUAGAAACCCUGCUCACAUUUGGUGAGGAGGGGCGGCUGGCGUACGAGCAGCUCGACACGGUGCCGGGGGAAAUCAUACGCCUGGGCACACGGCGGGGGAACGCCGUCACCACUGCCUUCUGAGCCAUUGCCACCAAAAACAUCACAAAAAUAACAUUUGAGUUGACUUCCGAGGACAGCGCUGCCCCUCCCUCAGCUACACCCCGCACUGCACACCUCACAGGGCUGUUAAUGACUGAUCACUUUAUUGAUCUGCUUUUUGGCACAGACUUAUGGAUCUCCACACCGCCACAUUAGAUCACUGUUCUUACAGAUACUGCCUCCUAAAGGAACUAACACCAAACAAACUGUCUUAGCUACGAAAGACACACAACCUAAUACCACUCCUGUGCACACACACUUGCACUCAUCGUUCCUCCAUCACCUCCACUUUCAGACACCCCUACACUUCCCCCCCCCCUGCUUUCUGAGCCAGGCAGACUGGUCACGUCGAGUUUAACUGGAGAGCAUGAAUUUGACUGGACACAAAGCCACUGAAAGACGCUCCAAAGACUGUGUACACUAGAAUUCAAGCAAUGCAUCUUCACUCUUCACUAACCUCUGUCAACAAACCACCGCACACAACGCUUGUAUCACUUACUCACCGAGUAAUCAUCACCCAGAGUCAGUUGUGUCACGCAAUAUACUAACUAUUAUCUCUGUAUAUUCACUGUCUAUCAUUAGAAAUGUUUUCCUGGCGCUUUUGGAAGAUUUGCACUGUUGUAAGGCAUGUAAAUAUGGCAUAUUUUACACAGCUGGUGUAAUAUAUGUGCUUGUAUUCAAGUUCUGUUUUCUAGUACGUUCCAUUUUGAGUUUCAGGGAUUCUUGUACGAUUUGAAAGAUGUGCAUUGUGUGGCAGGGAGGACCAUUAAUAAGUUGAGAAUGGCUUUUCUAAGAGGAAGUAAUGUUGUGGUUUAAAAGCCCUACUUUAACAGCAGUUUACGGUCUUCAACAGAUUUUGACCUCAGAGCUAUCAGUUCGGAGUAAAAGGAAAAACUGAAGGAUAGAGGUGAAACAGGUCAGCACAGUUUCACUCACUCAGCAGUUUAUAUCAGACUUUUCUCAUACUUGCAGUUGAACAAGUGCAAUUUUUCUGUACAUACGUGACUCUUUUGCACCUAGCUGACAUCAGAUAAAGUCAGUUUUGACCAUUUGAGCCUUGAUGUGGUCGAGGAGGCAGGUUUCCACAAAAUACACUCUUUUGUUAAUGUAUUUUUCAGACCAGGUACGGAGUAAGACCAGGGCAAUGCAUUUGGUUUGGGAUCAUUAUCAUGUAUUAUCUCAAUAACUGUAAAGAGAGGAGGGUACUUUGGGCCGAAUAAAGUUGCCUAACUGCACAUUCAUACAGUAUGUGAGCUAAUGGCAGGACUAGAAAUUAUGCUUUUUGUUAUGAGAAGCUGAAUGCAGUGUUUUGUUUUGGGUCUCUUUUAUUUCCCUUCAUCCUAACUGUAAUGUGGGAAAACCGACCCGAGGUAAGCGCCUAAUACCAACUUUUCUCAUUGUAACUGUACUACUGAGUCUUGUGCUAGUGCACAACGACAAAACUCACAUUUUGUUCACACAUCUUAUUUAUUAUUUACUUGUAAUUCUAAUAUUCUUUGGAGUUAUACUGUAAUAGUGCAGAAGACAUUAUUAUGUAAAUGAAAUGUAUAUUUAUGUUCUAUUUUGGAUCAGGUCUAGUAUUUUAAAUAUUGUUUGUUUAAAAAAACCUUCCAUGUUAUUAUCAUGCAAAUGAUCUCAUGCUUAACUUUAAUUGGAGUUUAUUUUGAAUGAAUUAUAUUAGAUUAAUUAUUAUUUUGGAGAAGAUUAUAAUAUUAUUAGACUAUUAGCAAAUCUUAAAUUUCUUUUCCCUAAAAGGUCCCAAACAUAAGGGGAUAUUAUAUAUCAGAAAUUUUACUUUAUUACUUAGAAGAUUUACUGUAACCAAAGGAAUAAUCAAUUUUUAAAUUUUGAUAAGAGCUCAUGAUUCAUAAAGGAGAAUGUAUUUUAAAUACAACAUUUGCAUUUUGGCCAGAAUACUCAGACUUAUCUUUAAAGCACAACUUAAAAAUAAGACAAACCCAUAAUAUAUGAAUCUUGUUAUUUGGUUCUAACUGCACAGUCCAAAAGCCAUAUUGAUUAAAAGCAUGUGGUAAUAUUUUUAUGAAAUGUAUUUUUCCUUUUGUAUUAUAAUCUGUAAAUGUGUGAAGUUCUUACUAAAAGCUGAAGCUAGUGUUCAGUUUUUUUUUCUAUACAUCCUUUUGCAAAACAUGGUCCAUAUUUAAGUAACAGUUACUUGUAUUUCUUCCAUGAUGUGAAUAGCAUUACAGUAUUUUGGUAAAGUAUCUAAUUCAUCCACUCAUUCAGUGUUUGUUAAUUUUCUUUUUGAGUGAGCUACUUUCGUUUUACAAACUAGCAGUUUACCAGUGUUAAGUCCAGUUGAUUCAUUGGCUGUUCAAUUCCUAAUUACCACAAAGUACAAGUUGUCAAAAUGUGCACAUCUUUAAUUAUUUAGAGACUGGUUUUAAGAAUAACUUGGUACACUUUGCUGAAAUUGAUCUUGAUCCAUCUCUGUGGUCAAAAGCUUAUUGAUCCAUUUAGUUGCAUACUACACUUCUCCGUUGUGGUUUGCAGUAUUUCCUCUGCUCAUCAAAAGUUACAAUAAAGUUUAUUUUUGCAUAAUUACAA